GGAGGUGGAGGAGAGAGGGCGGAAAAACGCUGGAGCGCUGCAAGGACGGAUCUCCAACCUGCCUUCCUGCAAACGCGCCACAGGCAGCAGCAACUGCGGCUCUCGAGCCCCGCUGACUUUUCCCUCCCUCCCUCCCCCCCAAAAAGAAAAAGAAGGGGGGAAGACCUUGCUCUCCUCCUCCUCCUGCCCCUCCUCCUCCCAGUUUGCAACCAGCAAAAGCUGCCUUGGGAAGAAAACGCACGCGCUCACGUACAACACACAUUUGCCCAGAAGAAGACGGGAAGAGAGCUCGCCAACCACUUAAAAGAAGCAACAAGCCCUUAGCGCGCACCCAUCCCCCCACAAAAAUUUACAAAGCGAAAUCAAUCCAGAUUGCAACCGAUCGGGACGCCCAAGCUGGAAGAAGAGAGCGAAAACAACAACUCCUGGUCCGCGGCAACCUUGGGAUUUUAUUCUGUUUUCUCCUCGUUCUCGCCAGGAGCCACUCACUUUAUGUCGCUCGCCUGGGCUCGCCCUCCCCCUGUGUAUGAUGUAUUAAGCGAAAGUGACUUGGGAUUGACGAAUCGGCCUCUUGUUCAUUGAGAAAAAAAAGACAGAGAGAAGCAACAGCGACAAGGAAAUCAACGUGUGUGAUUGCGAAGGAAAAGAGGGAAGAGAGAAAAAGAGAAACCCUCGCCCCGUCUGGAAAAAGGGACUUUUUAGACACACACACACGCACACAUUUGUGGUUUGUUUUCUUUGCUAUUUAUUAUCAGCCGUCCCUGCGGAGAAGACAGAAGGAGGCAGGGGGGGAACGCAACUUUGCCGUGGAUUGUCUGCUUUUUCCUUUCUUUUUUGCUCGUUUCAAUGAUUCUCGCUCGCAACCUGGACUCGAAGAUUUCAGAUGUGUUCUAAGCUUCCUGGAGUGAUCACUCUUCAGGGUACUGAUGGAGACGAGAGCUCAGAAUGGCAGUGGGUCACAGCCUUUGCUACAGAGUCAGCAUGACAGCGGGAGGCAGUAUGGAGAACCUGACCUAAGAGAUGUCCUGGCGCAACAGGUUCACGUCUUGUCCUUGGACCAGAUCAAGGCCAUCCGAAAUACAAACGAAUACACUGAACCACCUACGGUGGCUCCGCGGCCUGGGGUGAAGCCAGCGCCGCGUCUGCCUCUCCAGCACAAGAGCGAAAGGGCCAAUGGAUUGACUGAUCACCUUAGCAGGGUCCAACAUCCCCAGGUCCAUGUAUCUUCCCGGUUACCACUGUCCCGUUCCAUUAGCAUGGCCAGCACCGGCUCGCGGGCCAGUACCCGGACCAGUACGAGUAGUAACUCAUCAGAACAGAGACUUUUGGGGUCGUCUUUGGGGACCGUUGCGGAUGGGAUAGUCCGAGUGCAGCCCAAGUCUGAGCUGAAGCCCAGUGAACUCAAGCCCCCUAGCAAGGAAGAUCUGCACCUGCAUGCCUACAGGUGUGAGGACUGUGGGAAAUGCAAGUGCAAGGAGUGUACUUACCCGCGAACUCUUCCCUCCUGUUGGAUCUGUGACAAACAGUGUCUUUGCUCGGCCCAGAACGUGGUCGAUUAUGGGACUUGCGUCUGCUGCGUCAAGGGCCUUUUCUACCACUGCUCCAACGACGACGAAGACAACUGCGCCGAUAACCCUUGUUCUUGUAGCCAGUCCCAUUGCUGCACUCGGUGGUCCACCAUGGGCGUCGUGUCCCUCGUUCUGCCUUGCCUGUGGUGUUACCUGCCGGCCAAGGGUUGCCUUAAGUUGUGCCAGGGCUGUUACGACCAGGUGAACAGGCCCGGCUGCCGCUGUAAGCACUCCAACACUGUUUGCUGCAAAGUGCCCAACGUCCCCCCCAGGAACUUCGAGAAGCUGACAUAGCAUCGCUCCUCGGGAGUACGGCGAAAUAAUACGGAUUAUUCCUUUUUAGCAUCAUAUGCAGCCAACUAAACGAGCUAUAAUUGUGGCACUGUGUCUUAGGAGGAUGGGGAGGUGUGCCCUGAGGUUUGCAGUGACCUGCUCUUCCUCUUGUGUGUUUGCACGGGCCAACUUAACGGAUACCUGCUUGUUCUAGUCCACCUAAUGGAGAGAUGAAGGGAGAGAUGCUCCGCAGGACCCGACUAUUGCAUAAGCUAACGCAGCUUGAGACACUCCUAGGCAAUCUGUCGUGUUGUACAUGUGUGGGUUCCCCCCCCCAAAAAAAUGAAUAGUACAUUUGUAAAUUAGGAAACUACUUCAACCUGCUCCCGAUUAUUUUCUGCCAGAGAUGUGCUAUAUUUUUGUAUAUAGGAUAUUUUCAACUGUGAAAACACGAGUGUCAUAGAAGACAUGGCACAGGUCACAAAAUAUUAUACUAAUAUGUUGUACAUUCAAAAGAAUGUGAAUCAAUCAGUAUGUUUUAGAUUGUAUUUUGCCUUAAGGAAGCCCUUCAUUUGCAAGACUCUGAUUCCCCCCACCCACUUUUUUUGGAUUUCAUGUAUAUUGUACAGUUACAGUAAAAUUCAGUCUUUAUUUUCUAAUUUUUUUCAACAUAUUGUUUAGUGUAAAGAAUAUUUAUUUGAAGUUUUAUUAUUUUAUAAAAAAGAAAUAUUUAUUUUAAGAGGCAUCUUACAAAUUUCACCCCUUUUUAUGAGGAUGCCACAGUUGCUGCAAAUAAGGGGUGAAAGAUACAUAUGUUCCCUAUAAAAUAGAAAAUAUAUUAACGUUUGAAAUUAAA